AGUUGCGAGAUCUCCUCGUGAAUAGCUCCAGUUCUCGCGAUACUAGUUGGUACGCAAAGGCGGAAGGCAAUGAUGUAGCUUAGCUUAGCCAAAACAGUGAGCAGGGGGUUGUAAGUGGCUUGCUGUUAAUGUCUCUGUCUCUAUAUGCACUCCUGUAUUUUUCUGUAUUUCACAGAAUGAACAGAUUGGGAAUGCAGCUUUGAGGUUGUCGUCACCUCUCUCCUGCCCCGGUCCCGUGAAAGACUCCCAGAUUGUUCACUCAAAACCUGCGUUGUUCCUGCACAAGGAGAGUGGGCGCUUCCUCACUCUGUCCCCUCCAUGGCAGCAUUGUGCCGUGUAGAGGCUGUCUGAGCGGUGCUGCUGGACCUGGGCCGGGCCCCCCAACAGGAAGCCCGGAAGUCCAGAAAGUCAGCUGCAGCGGUCCUGUGGGGCUCUCCUCCUCCUCCUCCCCCGGAAACGGCUGCCCCCCUGGGAUCCCGCAGACCCGCACCCCUCGCCCCUGAAGCGUGACCCGUCUCAGCCAUGCUCUUCUCCCUGCGGGAGUUGGUCCAGUGGCUGGGCUUCGCCACCUUCGAGCUGUUCCUCCACCUGGCGGCGCUGCUGGUCUUCAGCGUGCUGGUGGCGCUGCGCUCCGACCUGCUGCUGGGCAUGAGCUGGUGGCUGGUGUUCGUGCCGCUCUUCGCCGCCGACGGCCUCAGCACCUACUUCACGGCCAUCGUGUCGAUCCGGCUGUACCAGGAGGGCGAGCGCCGGCUGGCGGUGCUGCGGCUGCUCUGGGUGCUGACGGUGCUCAGCCUGAAGCUGGUGUGCGAGGUGCUGCUGUGCCAGAAGCUGGCGGAGCAGGAGCAGGCCCGCGACCUGUGGUUCGGCCUCAUCGUGUCGCCCCUCUUCAUCCUCCUGCAGCUGCUCAUGAUCCGCGCCUGCCGCGUCAACUGAGCGCCCCGCCGGCCUCUCUGCGCUGCGGGGAGCGGGCCCGUGCACGCUAACAGCGAUGGACUGACUGUCAGCCACCGAACUGUCGGCCCCCGCUCUCUCAGCCGGGGCCCUGAACAAUGCAGCGGGUAACUGACUGCACAGUGGACUCUGCACACCGGCGACUGGACACUCUGGCCAACACUCCUCCAGCUGCUGGUCCCGUUUAUAUGGCGUAGGAUAUAUCCAUCCUGUUUAUAUGGAGCUAGAUAUAUCCAUCCUGUUUAUAUGGAGCUAGAUAUAUCCAUCCUGUUUAUAUGGAGCUAGAUAUAUCCAUCCUGUUUAUAUGGAGUUGGAUAUGUCCAUCCUGUUUAAAUGGAGUUGGAUAUGUCCAUCCUGUUUAAAUGGAGUUGGAUAUGUCCAACCUGUUUAUAUGGAGUUGGUUGUAUCCAUCCUGUUUAUAUGGAGUUGGCUGUAAAAAGUAACAUGACUCUCCCUCUCCCGCCAGCCUGUCAUUCAUGGCCCUCCUCCUCCUACAGUGUCGGACAUUUUGUUGUAAACUUGUGCCGGACUGUGUUUAGUCCAUUGCUCUUCAUGUAAACAAAAAGCAUUCCCUUCACAAGUACUGUAAGCAAAGAAUAUCUGGCUGUACCGACUGUAAUGUUCCUUUUCUGUAUUAAACACGGUUUGUGGUGUUUGUGAAGCAGCAUGCAGCCCUGGCUAAAUCGAACGUGCUCCUGCCACAUUGACGCUGUGUUUCCAUUUCCCCCGCCCAACAAGGCUUGUACAUAUAUACAGUAUACAUGAUUUCUGAGAAUUGUACAGAUGAUGAUGUGGAAUGGAUGUGAAACUCUGAUCAGAAACACGGUGAAUGUUUUCAUUUGCACUACCCUGUUAUGCUUGGUUGUGAUUGUGCACUGGUGUGUGUGAGAUGGGUAGUCCAUAGGAAGUACCUGCUUUCUGUCUGCCUACACUGUUUUACCUAUUGUCUGAUGACUACAUUGUUAAUAAACCAACAUUCAAAGCA